AUGAAGAAACCCGGCGGCCGAAUUAACACGGAGUGGUAUGGUCCCUGCCUCUGCAAAUCCUUGAAAUCUAGCCUUGGUCGUUCCACAGGCCGUAUUAGCAUAGCGGGAAGGAUGGUCAUUUUCCGUAUGAAUUCUCUGAAGCCAAUUGGUAGACCAACUGUGUGGAGCUGCCUGGUUGAAUUUUGUCCACGAUUGGGUUUGCAUCCGCUAUUAGGUGCUUCUUCCAUCAUUGUUCCUUUCGGGCAUCUAAGGUUCCAAGGAAUGGGGCUUUCUCGCACGAAGUCUUUGUUGACUAGCUCUAUUAGCCUGCAGUCUUCAGGUCUCUUUCUGGACGCCACAUCCCCAAAUGGUGGGACUGGGAAUCUAGUGUGUGAACGAGAAUGGUGGGAUAAAGCGGCCGCGAAAUUCUUCAUUAUUGGAAACUUCAACUGUGGCUCGGGAUAUUGUGAUGGAAACUGGAUUAAUAUGCAAGUGGGCUUGCGUCCGAUGACCAGAGAUGUCUCAGACCGCAUUUUUACUAGGUUAUCUCCGCUCACUCAAGUAUCUUUUCUAUCAUAUGAUAUUGAAUUGAACGUGGAUCAGAUUAGGCUCUCAGAGGGAAGCUUCCUAAUAUUUGAAGGGGGCUACCUCCGUGACCAGGAGGACGUUUGUCUACCGCAUAUGUGUUGGGCUUUGGCUGAAAUCUGGGGCUUUAGAGCCAAACUUGGUCUUCAUCGCCCGAAGAAUCUAUUCCAGAAAAACGGAUUUGACGAGGAUGGUGAGCGCUUAACCUUAGUUGGCCCAGCGUCUGCGUCGUUUUAUACGAUCGAGACAGUGCCUUAUUUUAUAGAAGCCCUGGCCGAGCUUGCCUCACUAAUUGCCACAAAUACCAUAUCUGAUUCUGCAGCUAGCUACCUCACUUCCUUCCGACUCCAUUACUUCUCUCCUAUCGUAUCAGCAAGCUCGAACACUUCUGGACUCUAUCUACGUACUUCGGCGUUUAAUCAGAUGAAAUACUGGGAACAGCUAACACCUCCUUUCUCCUCCGAGACAAUACACAUAAUGUUGCAGAUGGGAUGCUAUGUCUGCUCCGGGGAGACUUCCCUUGCAAGAAUUUAUUAUGAUUCUCGAAGGGAGCAGUCCGCAUGGCUUUUAUCAUUUGCAUGCUCGAAAACCACGAGAACCUUGAACGAUGAGGUGGAAAGGAAUACUCCUAGGGUGACUUCAGGUAAGUUGGCGGAGUCAAUGGAUCUUAGCAUUGAUCGAUGCAGUUGCACUAGCUGUCUUGCUAAUGUCUCCACCUUCUCAGCCCGCCUUUUGUCGACGAGCACUAUUUCCCCCUUUGCUAUUUUCAUGGCGUUGUGGCGAUUGGCUGGAUGCACGAGAAUUCUGCGUUUGGAGCCUGAAUCUCUUAUCAGUCCUGACCCAUACUCCGCCUUUACUAUUCCGUGUCCGUUGGAACACUCAGGCCAACGCCUUGAAAGGGACCAGGGCUUCCAACGGGCCGUACUACGGUCCGUACAAAGUGAACCGUAA